UAUUAAGAAUACUCGAAGCAGCGUUAUCUUGCUUGCGUCCUCCAGUCCUGUAGAUAGCGUAGAUUCCAUCCGAACAUAAAAAACACAUUUUGAUGAACAUAGCAAAGAAGAAUGGAGGAACCUGGCUAGCUAAGGAAUAGUAGUUUAUUAGGGAAGGUCCGGUCAUGAUUAAAACUGAGAAAGUUUUACAUUUGAACAGCUCAAAGGGUAGAAAGGUCCGUGUGGUUCGGGAGCACUAUGUGAGGGAACAGGUUCCGUGUGGAAGCUCCCUCUGUCAAGCGGACUGUCGUAACGACGGGAAGGUGCUGUCUGGUGAUGUGACACACUAUGUGGUUCCCGAUGUGGGAGUGGUUCGGGAUUUCCUGGAGAUACUGGAGUUCAGGCAGCUGCAGGGGAUUGUGCUGACCCAGACAGCCUACCAGACUGUUCAGCACACCCGUGGACGCAGGCAAUAUAACAGACUGCGCGCUUUACUGAAGGACCCUCGCCAUGAUUGUGUGCUGUUUGCCAAUGAGUUUCAGCAAUACUGCUACUGCCCCAGAGACAAGGGCGAGUCUCAGGACAAAUGGCAUACAAGAAAUGUGUAUAAUGCAGCAGUUUGGUACUAUAAUUAUCUAGCUGGACUCCAGCCAGUGGUCAUGAUUACAGAAGAUAGUGAUGCUAUUUCAGAAUUUAGUGCCUUAAACAGUGGAGUGUAUGUCAUCUCAACUAAGGAGUACCUGUUAAGGUUCUGGCCAGACCUGCAGGCCACCCAUGAUCUGUACGACUCCAUUGCUCAGACCCUUCAAGAGCGAGAGAGUGAAGGAGUGGAGAAAGUGUACACUGAACACCUGCCUGCAGAGGUGUUGGAGGCUGGUAUAAAAUCUGGCAGGUACAUCCAGGGCAUCCUCAGUGUGAACAAACAUCGAGCACAGCUUGAAGCCUUUGUCCGUUACGAGGGUUCAGCCAGCAAAAAUACAGAGCUAAAUAGUGAUGUGCUGAUCAAUGGAGCAAAGCAUCGUAACCGGGCGGUGCAUGGAGACGUUGUUGUCAUAGGGCUGUUGCCACUGGAGGACACACAGAGUCAGCCUAUGCCCUCAGGCAGGGUGGUGGGUAUUCUGCAGAGGAACUGGAGAGACUACGUUGUGACUUUUCCUCCUCUUGAGGAGGUGCAGUCACAGAGUCGAAAUUCACAAAAGAUUCUGGUUAUUCCAUGGGACUACCGCAUCCCUAAAAUCCAUAUCAGCACACAGCAGGCUGAGGCUCUGCAGGAUCGAAGAGUGAUUGUGCGUCUGGAUUCGUGGGAAAGUACUUCUGUUUACCCCACUGGCCACUGUGUGAGGGUGCUGGGGAAAGCAGGCGAGCUGGAGACUGAGAUUCAGACCAUCCUGGUGGAGAACUGCAUCCAUGUUCCAACAUUCUCAGAGGCACAGUUGCGUGAGAUGCCAGUUAACACAGAGGAGAACCCAUGGCAGAUGGACACCAGUGAGGUGUCCUCUCGGUGGGACCUGAGAGACACACACCUGGUUUUCAGUAUCGAUCCCAAGGGCUGUGAGGAUGUGGAUGAUACCUUGACUGUGCGGACUCUGCCUGGUGGGAAACGGUUAGAGCUGGCUGUCAGGGAGGGCUCUCUUACAGAUCUAGAGGCACGGUCAAGGGCAACCACUUGCUACCUGGCUGACCGCAGGUACGACAUGCUGCCAGCAGUGCUGAGUGCUGAUCUGUGCUCCCUCCUUGGAGGAGUGGACCGAUAUGCCAUGAGUGUGCUGUGGGAGCUGGAUGCUGAGACUCUGGAUGUGUGUACGGUUUGGUACGGUCGCACUCUAAUCCGCUCCUCCUAUCAGCUUCACUAUGAGCUGGCCCAGAGUCUGCUGAAUGGCGAGGAGAUUGAGGUACCUGAGCUAAGCCGGCUCAAGGGUUCUCAGCGGGACCAGAAACGGGCUGAACUCUUGCAGGCCCUAGAGACUUUGACGAGGGUGGCCAGACAUCUCCGUGCACAGAGAGAUAAAGGUGGUGCUCUGGAGUUGGAGGGGGUGGAGGUGAGGGCUCAGCUGGAUGAGGAGAAGAACAUUACAGCCCUUGUGCCCAAACAGCCUCUGGAAGUUCAUGAGACUGUGGCAGAGUGUAUGAUCUAUGCCAACCACUGGGUGGCACGCAAGAUACAGGAGAGCUUUCCACACCAAGCUCUUCUGCGUCAUCACCCACCACCCAAACAGGAGUUCUUUAAUCACCUCAUCGGCUGUGCCAAGGCCCGUGGCUUCAGUAUUGAUACUAGGUCAAACAGAGCUCUGGCUGAUUCUCUGGAACGAGCUGUGGAUCCUCAGGACCCCCUGGUGAACAAGUUAAUGAGAAUGAUGGCCACCCAGGCAAUGUCUAAUGCCCUUUACUUCUCUACAGGAGCAUGCCCAGAAGAACAGUAUUAUCACUAUGGUCUUGCUCUGGAUCGAUACACUCACUUUACCUCUCCAAUCAGACGCUAUGCUGAUGUAUUAGUUCACCGGCUGCUCAUGGCUGCUAUUCAGCUGGAGGAGGAAGGAUCACUAAGCAAACCCUUCGCUAGUAACAAAGAACUUGAGGAACUAGCUCAACAUAUCAACAAUAAAAACAGAGCAGCACAGCAUGCACAGAAGCAGUCCACGGAGCUCUUCCAGUGCCUCUACUUCCGAGACAAAGACUCACACACAGAUGAGCGCUGUGUGGCUGAUGCUGUGAUCUAUGCUGUCCGAACUAAUGGUUUUCUGGCCUUCGUACCACAGUAUGGUUUGAAGGGAGCUGUGUACCUUAAGAAUCGAGAGGGUCAGGUGGUCAGUGUCGAUGGAGAUGGAAGGUGCGAGUGGAAGGCUGGGAUAUUGCAGAGAUACCCUGACAGGAUCAGCACCUGUACCAGCACUGGAACUCAUAUAUUUGACCUCUUUGACCACGUUACAGUUCGUAUCUCUGUAGAACCGUCUCGUUGCCAUGCCGACAGCUUGUGUCUGGAGCUUAUCAGCAACAAGCCCCAUUGCGCUGUGCAACCCGAGUCACAGCCAGCUGGUCGCGGUCGGUCUGAGCUGGUUCAGGAGGUGGUGCGCUGGGCAGAAAAGGCCUCCCUCCAGGCGGAGGAAGAGAGGGGGAGGAAGUCCAAACUGAGCAGGGAGGAGAAGCAGUUCAGACAGAGCAAAACACCAAACCUCUAUGUCCUGUUACAGGAGAUCAGUGAACUUGCCCUACAGGAUCUGUCCGUCUGUCAAAUCAGAAAUACAGAGGAACAGACUUGCACUGCAUCUUCUUAGCUCUUUUCUGCUGUUUUUACAAUUGACUAGAAAAGCUUUAGGGAUGGUUUUGUAAUAUUUGCCAUGGACUUUCAUUAAAGUGUCCAGAUGUGAACAAAAA